AUGGGAGGAGGAUAGUCAAAGGCUUAAAAAUUAUAAUCCUAACGAAGAGCUAACAAACCCCAAUUACCAUAACAUUAAACCCCAGAAUAACAUUAUUAAUUUCUAAUUAGUGAACCUAUAAGCAGAUAUCUUUGGAAUACUUAAUUUGAUUAUGAAACUCUCAUUUCAGAAAUUCUUUUUAGCAUAAUCAUCAAAAGAUAUAUGGAUUAUUUAUAAUACUUUAAACCUCACAUUAGAUAUAUCAAAAAAGCUGAAAAAUUAUACAAUGAUGUUACAUAAUGUUGCUUAUAUGAAGCAAAAUUUAAUGAUUAAGAUAAAAAAUAUAUGACUGGUGUUCUCAUUCUAUUCUUUAGCCUAUAUCAUAUUUCUAAAUUCUAAGUAAUAUUCAGUUCAUCAGAUAAAAAGUGGUGGGAAGGUACAUAUUUUGAAUCACUUUAAAAAUAUGUAGAUUUACCACCUAAAAACAAUGAAAGCUAUAUUCAAACAUUUGGAGUCUUUAUGUCUGAAUAUUUCUAAAAUAGAUUUCAAGAAUUAAAACCAUAAAAUGAUAAUAAAAAAGUUGAUCUUGUAUCUGUUAGAGUAUUAGCUGAUUAUUAUCUGUAAUUCUUAUAUAGUGAUUGUUUAUCAUAUCUAACAGAUUCUGAUUAAUUUGUUAAAGAAUAUGCUCAAUUAAAACAAGAAAAUUAUCAAACCUAAGGAAGAUAUAAAUUAGAAAGUAAUAUCAAAAUUAUUACUAAAUAAUAAAAAUAAUAAUAACAAAUAUUGUAUUAAUAAUAACUUCAUAACUCAAAAACUCCUUCAUAAUAAAUUGAAGAUAUGGAAAGACAAUUUAAAUUCUUAUCGGAUCAUUCUGUGAUCGAAAAUGCAAUAAAUGAAGAUUAAAAUAAAGAGUAAACAUAAUUAGUACAAGAAACCCCAAAAUAAGAAUGA